AUGUUCAAACGUGUAAUUUCCUUGGCCCAUAAAACAGCCAAGCCAUCACUCUUUUCAUCACCAACAACAAAAAUUACAUCUGUACAUAUUAAUAACAGAUCUUUUAUUGUGGCUUCAUUCCAUUCAAAGAAUAAUCAAGUAAAACAAGAAAAUAAAACUCCACAAAAGAAGGAUGAAAAAUUAUUUAUUUAUGAAGAAGAAAGGGAUUUGGAAAAGGAAAUUGUCCCUGUUGAAGUUUUCAACGAUAAGGAACGUAUUAUGGAUGAAGAUAGACCAGAUAUUAACAUUCCACUUCUUGUUAAAUUUUGGAAAAUGUACUUUGUAAGAUAUGCCAUCAUUUCAACAGCAAUAUUUGGUGUUUUGUGGAUUGUUUGGGAAAUUACUGAUUGGUUGAGUUCUAUCACAUUUAAGAAUGUUGCUACAGUUUCAUUUUACACUGGUUUCUUCACUGGUUUAAUUUCAUGUGGACUUAGUUAUUUGGCAGUUGUUUCAUUCAGUAUUAGUCCAUCAGCUGUUUAUAAAGCUGCUGUUAAAAAGGUUUUAGCCAAUAAGAGUGUCAGAGAUAAUAUGCUCACUCCACUCACUCCUGGAAAAUUCAGAGCUUACUCAUACACUUAUCCAGAUUUUAAUAAUGCUCACGAUGUUCCACUUAUUAGAAAGCUUCAAUUCUGGAAACCAAAAAGAGUUCAACUCAUUUUCCAACUUCAAGAUCCAAACAAAAAGACUGCCAUGAUUUCUUGUGAUGCUUCUAGAAAGAGUGGAAUUUUAAAUAUUAUUAGAAAUCGUUUCACAUUCCACUCUUUAAUUGUUGACAUUCCAGAUAGUGAUGAUCGUUUAAUUUUGAGAGGAUCUGAUGAAGAUGCUGUCUAUGAAAAGGAAAAACAAGAACGAAAGAGAAAGAAGGAACAAUCGGAAGAAAAUUAUGAACAAUUUAAAAAAGUAAAAUCAAAUUCAACAAUUGAACAAGUUAAGGUGAUUGAUCACUCUCGGAAGGAUCCUACCACUACUUCACCUUCAAAUUUAAAUAUUGAAAAGAAGAAAACUGAAGAAUCAUUGAUUAACAACUCUAAAAUUACCACCUUUAAAGAUGUAUUGAACUAUGACUCAAAAUCAUUAUUUCACAAAGUGGUAAAUUCUCAAAAUAAUAUUAUUACCAAUACUCCUAUAACACCAAGUCAAUCCAAAGUAGUAGAUCAAGCCACUCAAAAAUCAUCAGAAAAGAAGAAAUCAUCCUCUAACAACUCCACAAAAUCAUCAUCCAUGGAUGAAGAUCUCAUGAAAGAAUAUUUAGAAAGAAGUAAAAGAGAAGAUGAAAAGACAAAAAAGUUUUUGAAAGAAAAGAAAAAAUGA